UAAGAAAGUUGUAACAGUUAAAUUUGAAACUUCAUCCAUCUGCAGAGAAAAGCGGCUGUCACGCACCUUAUCAUUAAGGUGCUCCUCUUUGACAGAUAUUUGCCUGCUGAUUGUAUUAUUGGACAGAGGAAUAGCCCAUAGUUUGCUGGCUGCUGUGUCAUCAAUCAUAGUGAAAACCAUAGCCACAGCACAAGGAGUAUUAAUUCUUUGGCAGUUGUGCGGCUUUUGAGACUGUGCCACUCAGUAGACAACUUUAUAGGAGAUGAGAUGAGCAUCUGCCGGCACAAAUGCAGCUUUAGUAAAGAGACACUGUUCUUUGCUGAACCAAACCAUUGAGACGUUAAAGAACAAAGUGCUUCCUGCAGCCUUUCUUUUGCAUGCAUCAGGCACACGCACGAAGGAAAUGUGUUUCAUACAGUUAUUAGACCAGUCUUAUCUUAUCAUGGCCCUGCUUUGUUCUGGUUGUAAUUUUGGAUUCUAAGAUAUUUAAUGUACCAUAAUAAUUCAUAACAAUUUAUAGCUGUUGAGCAUUUAUUUUGCUUUUUAUGCUUUUUGGCUAAAUUACCCCCUUACAGACAUACUGCCAUAUCUAAUUUGUUACAAAAUUAAAUCAAAUCCAACACAAAAAUGAGUAUGAUGGACCAUGUUUUGGUUUCCUAGAGCAGGAAAUGUUCCUGUUAGACGUUUUUUGGAAAAGAAAAAAAUGUACUUCUUCUGGUGUAAGUCCUUCUAAGCAACCUUAGCUGCUGGGCUCUAUGCUGAUUAGUUCAGAGGCUCAAGAGUAAGUACAAGCAGCACACACAUGUGACUUUUGGUGGGCAAUUUGUUGCUACUUGUGUAGUGUAUUUUAAAAAAAGCAACUAAGCCUCAGUUUGGAGAAACUUGGAGAAACCCACAAGACAUUCAUGGUUAGUUGUAUUUCGACAUUUUCCAACUAUUUGCUCAUAAUGUGUGCCAACAGGCAUUUUCAGCAUUUUCCUUUUCUGGAUAUUUUUAGAUAUUAAUUAUUUAUUUUUAUCAGGAUAUAAACAUCUGAACUCUUUCAUCCCUCCCUGACGACUACAGUAGAAAACAGAGGUGUGUGUACUUUCAAUGUGAGUCUUCUGGACAACAAAACUGUUCGAAACACCACAGUUUUUUUCCAUCUUAAGAACAAACACUUGACAUACUCUGCUUUUAUGUUCAUGAUAGCAGGAGAAAAUGCCUCCCAAACGAUCAAAGAACAUGGGAGAUAUUAGGGACUUUCUUUCCAAGCAAACAAACAGUCCCAGUGGCAGCAGCAGCAAAGCAAGCAUGCAGCCAGAAGGACCUAAACCCCCUCAGGGAUUUACGCCAACUCGACCAAAGGAGGAAAAUGACAGUGAUUCCACUGUUCAACAUUCCCAUGAAUUUACAGUGAAAUUCAAUCAAGCUAGUUAUGAAUAUACUGUUCAGUGUAAUCAGCUUUGCACAGUGCUGGAAGCCAUAAAAUCAAACGAGAAAUGCAAUGAGAAGAUUAAGUGUGCAGAUGAGAACAUUAUCAUUCAGCUAGGUAAAGAGGAUAAGAAGUCAAUUGUUGCAACACAUUUGCCCUGUUCUUGUAUUGAUGAUGGUGAGUGUCUGAUCAUAUCACGUAGAGCAGAAAAAGUUGAAGGUAAAGUCCAACAUUCCAAAAUAGUGCAUCCAAAAGGGCACUAUUCUGUCUUCUAUAUAGACACAGUUGGUGGGCUACACACUAAAACAAAGGAACUUUUUAAAAAUAACGAUGUAAAACAGUUCAAGAACCUCUGUGUUUAUGGAGAAAAGGGAAUAACUGUGGCUGAGGCUCUGAAGAGAGACGGUCGCUUCAUUGAUGACCUUGGCAACUUUGAGCUGUCCAACAAUCAGGAUCCCAAACGCUUCACUGUAUGCACACAAAAGGUAGAAAAACUACACCAGAAACAAUUCAAGAUACGCCUUCCAAAAGAUAAAAAAGAAAACAAUGGAAAGUCACAAGAAAGCCCAACAAAUAAUUCUCAAAGUAAUUGUGAAAGAAGAUCAGAGUCAGAGAUCGUCUAUUUAGCACAACAGGAGGGAAUCCGUGUAAAAACCGCAGUGAAAGAAACCAGCAGUGAUGCUGAUAGAAACAAGAUUUAUGAACUACUGCGUGAGCAGUUUCCAGAUCUGAAACGAUGGAUGGAGAGUAGAUUCCCUGGUGAUUUGUAUCAGGAAGCACUGAAUCUCAGGAAGGAAAACUUUGGAAAGAUCCAGCAGUCCUUCAGUGAAGUUCACAGAGUCAGGAAGCUGCUAGAACUGGGAAAGUCAGUUUGCAAAGUCAUUGUUAAGGAUGUUUCUAUGGGAACAGGCUUCGUGCUGUUUGAUACUUUCAUCCUGACUAGUGCACAUUUGUUUCAAGGUUUUGUUGAAGGGAAGGAGCUGCAGCAGGAUGUAGAAGUGCUUGCUGUAUUUGACUACGAGAAGUCUGAGCCAGAAACAAAUUUCUACUACUUUAGAGCAGAGAAUACAUUCACUGACUUUGAUGCUGAUCUAGAUUAUGCAGUUCUGGAGCUCAACCCUGAAGGCUCAAAACCAAACCAGCAAACAAGAGCACAGAAUAUAAAGGUACCACCAGGGCUGCUCAGUGAGUUUGGACCACUGCCUGCCAAUGGUGAAGCCUGCAUCAUUGGACACCCAGCAGGGGGGUGAAAAAAAUGGAUCCUACAUGUAUCAUUGAGACAGAUAAGAGAGGGCAGGCUAUUGAUGAACAUUUGUAUCAGUACAAAAACCUGCUCAUCAUCAAAACGAUCAGUGAUUGGCUCAAAGAGCAUGGCAUUAAUGACAUAUUGAUAGGUGGACGUAAAGCAGGAAAGGUAGCGACCUACCACACUUUCAUGUAUCACGGUGCCUCUGGUUCUCCAGUGUUUGAUGGACUUGGCAGAGUUUUUGGUUUGCACACUGCAGGUUAUAUCUGUGAUUCAGUCAACAGUGAUGAGAGCGUCAUUGAAUAUGCCAUUCCUCUUCUUACUAUAUUUGAAAACUUUGUGGAAAAUCUGAAGGAAAGUGAAAAUAAGGAGCUGUUGAAGAAAGCUGAGAAGGCAGCAAAAAGAAACCCACACCUGAAAGAGAUACUCAAUGCUGAGGAGCCAAUGGAAGCCAGUUAGGUAUACAGAUUAGGGCAAAGUUGCAAACUAUUUCUGAUUUCAGAGAUUCCUUUUUUUCUAAUGCAUUAUUCUUCAAAGAAUUGAACACAUAAGAUGUAACCUGAACCUGUGCCUCUGGGGACCUGUGGUAUAAGGCACAGGAAGAUUUGAAGCUUAGUGAAGUUACUGUAGCCCUAUACUGAGAGAGAUUACAGUCAAAGCUUAUACUGCAGACAUAACCUCAUGCUGAGUAAAAUAAUUUAUAUAAUAAGAAAAUUUCUGACUUUGCGACUGAAAAACACAGAUACUUUGUAUUUACCCAUAAAGGCACACUACAAUGAUAUAGAUGUGAUGUUUUAAAACCAAGCUUGUAGCUGGCCUUAGUUUAAUGUUUAGACUUUAGUAGAAGUUUCUACUUAGUGGGUGUGUAGCUUUCUGUUCAGAUGUAUUACCCAGGGUUUUUAUUAUAUCUGUUUUUUUUGUUUUAUAACUAAUGGUGUUAUGAAAACCAUCCUUUGAAAAUCAUGUUGUUUUACCCCUUGUGUUUUAACAUUGCUGUGUAUGUUUAGUACAAUGUAAUACAAACCAUAUGCUGUUAACCUGUUUGUGACAUGUUUAGUGUUGUCAUUAUGAACUGUAAUGUUUCUUUGUUUUAAACUUUCCUUCCUGUUGAAAAAGGAAAUUUGUUUAUUUCAAGUCAAGAUUCUUUACACUCUAUUCUUGAAAAACCCACACAGGAAAAGAUUUUCUGUCAGACACAUUUUUUGAGGUUUGGUGUACAUGCCUUUUUGGCAAAACUUCCCAAAGAUAAAACGUGUCAUAGUGAGUAACACCAAUCCUUUUCUCCUGUUAUUAUUUCAGUUCUGAAUAAAUUUUUAAAAAAAAAUGCUAA